UAGUUAUAUUCCUGGGUUGAAAAUGCGACAGUUCCCCAUUUUACUUCCAAAACCCCUUCUCUACCUCUGAAAGAAAGGUCAAACCUUUGGACAGAGAUCAGGAAAUUCCUUCUUGAUCUUCAAAUGGCGGUGCCGGUAGUUCGCUUUCCUAUCUUCUCGCUGGUCAGAAUCAUCGGAUUUACAGUGCUCAUUCUCGUCUUAAUUUGGACUGUGCAUUACAGAGGCGGCUUGGCCCUCAUUUCCCAAAAUAAAGAUCUCAUCUUCAAUGUUCAUCCUGUAUUAAUGGUGAUUAGCCUUGUGCUUCUCAAUGGCGAAGCCAUGCUAGCCUACAAGACUGUGUCUGGAACAAAAAACUUCAAAAAGUCAGUUCAUCUUGUCCUCCAAUUCCUGGCUUUCUUUUUAAGCAUCAUCGGACUAUGGGCUGCAUGGAAGUUUCACGUUGAUAAAGGCAUUGAUAACUUCUACAGUCUCCACUCUUGGCUGGGGCUAGCCUGCCUCGUCCUGUUUGGAAUUCAGUGGGCUGCUGGAUUUGCGACCUUUUGGUAUCCCGGUGGCUCAAGACAUAGCCGAGAAAGCCUGAUGCCAUGGCAUGUAUUUCUUGGGGUGUAUAUCUACGCUCUAGCUGUAGCUACUUGUGCGACUGGUCUUCUAGAGAAGGCAACGUUUCUACAAACGCAGAAGAUAAUAUCACGCUACUCGACCGAAGCAUUGCUGGUGAAUUCUUUGGGGAUCUUGAUUGUUGUUUUGGCAGGUUUUGUGAUUCUUGGGGUGUUCUCUCCUGUGCAUGGGAAAGGUGAUAACCCCAAAGAAAGAGUAUAGUUAUAGAUACAAGGGAACACUUGACAUUUUAUAGCACAUUCAAAACCAUAUUUUCGAGGAUCAAACAAUGACGAAUAUUUGAAGCAUUGCUACUCUUUGUAAUGCACAGUUCAUCUUCAGAUAUGUGAAAUUUUGUCGAAAUUAUGUUA